AUGCCGGACAAAAGGCCGUUUUUGUGGUAAAUAUUAACUUCUUGGUCAUCUUAUUGUGCUCGAUCACUCAUAAACAAACAAAAAUAAUGAAAACUGAACUUUCUUCUAGGCCCCUUUCAGAGAGGAGGUAAUUGUUUAUGAUUACAAAGUAAAUUCAAAUCUUUUUAUGCACGAGUUCUGUUGCUGCUUUGCAAUUUGGUUUUUCUUGAGACCUUUCUUAAUUUCAAAACAUGAAUUCCCAACUCUGGAGGAGAAAAGCCAAAAGAUGAAAAAGUAAGAGCUUAACAUUGAUUAUCUAAAGAACAAACGUUAGAAAUAACAUGAUCCCUUCAUAGGACCGUGAUGGAUGGUGUUGAUCUUGAUAUCGAGAUAGGAAGCCAUAGAUACUAUCCUGAUUUUGUCCGUGAGAUGCGCCGUCUUAUGAACACAGAUCCCAGUAAAAAGUAUCUAAUAACUGCAGCACCGCAGUGUCCAUUUCCUGAUAAGUGGAUGGGACCUCAAAUACAAGGAUCUGCACUGGAAGGUAUGUGUCUGUACACUUUAUGUCUCUCUUUUUGUGAGUGUUUAUUGAUUCAUCAUCCGUUGGUGAGUCUGUCUGAACAUUGGUUCCUUGAGCACUAGGUCGUCCUCACGUAAUAAUUUGUUUCCGUCAAACUCAAUGGAACGUAAGCCCAUUCAGGGAAAGCCCUCAUGACCAGGGCAAGUGUCCCCUGAAUAGACUGAAUGAAGGUUGAAUAAAUGGGGUAAGUUUCUGAAGAAGCUGUGGUGCUGCGUUGGUGGGAGAGUUAAUAGGGUAAUUAAGUUUUAUCAACGGAGUUAAUAACGUAAAUUGGCCACCUUGAAGAGUUACAAAGCUGAAGUUUUCGAGCCUUAGCUCUUCGUUAGCCCUUCGCUUUGACGAAGGGCUAACGCUCGAAACGUCAGCCUUGUAACUCUUUACGGUGGCCAAUUUACGUUAUCAAGUCAGAUGAUUGUACUAAAUUACCCUGAAUGGAGGUUGGCUUGGGGUUUGUUAAUAUAUAAGCACCGACCAAAAUACGAUCGUUUUUUUUUUUUUUAAUUUUCUGGCCUGGAAUCUGGUGGAGUCGAUAUUUCGGGCCGCAAAACGUUUUAUCUACAUGAGGGUCUUAUUGGAAUACCUAAAAGAGUUUUCAUUGAAACUUCAGUUAUGGAACUGUGGCAAAGGCUCCAGGUGCGGAGCUGUGGCGAUCCCUUUAUUUGAGACGAUUUUUGACUGGAAUGACUGUUUAAUUUAAAAUUUAACUUGAAGUUCAGAAGUUAUGAUACCGUUUCUUUCUCUGUAGAUUAUGGCCAAGAAUUUGACUACUUAUUCAUACAGUUCUACAACAAUUACUGCUACCCUGGAGACCAGUACUUUUUACCUGUAAUUGACACUUGGUUACAAUGGGCGCGAAGUGUUCCUAAUGGUUCGCUCAUUGUUCUUGGCCUGCCUGCUGGACCGCAAGCCGCUGGCAAACCACAUUACUAUUUCCCACCUGAUAAACUGGCUCACGUGUACAAGGUAUCACUCUAUGUGAUUUUAUUGACGAUUACAUCUUCUGAAAUUAAUAACUUCUAAUUUGUUCGAUCUAUUGCAUAGUUGAUUAGAAUAACAACAGCCCUUCUUCCCAUUUUUUCCCUUGCACGCGAGAGAAGUAAGUCAGCUGGGCGACAGUCCAAUUUUAAAUGCUUCCAGUCAAAUCUACGCUUGAAUGUAGACAUUUAGCCAUCUUUAUUUCGGCUUAAAACACCUUUACCAGUCGUAAAAGAUAUAUAAAUGUGACGCAAUCCACUGGAUAAUAAAUGGUUAUAUAAGAGAAUUAUUACGACUGUUUUUAGUUUAGUUUGCUCAAAUGAUGGUACCCUUGCAUAAAAUGCUGCAUCUCGCAUACUUUACUUGAAAAGGGGCCAAAAUAACGGAAAUUGUUUUUCACAAAAGACACAAAUAAUAGAGGUAUGUUCGGUUCUUGAUGGGGAUAUCUUGAAGUCAAAUUUUGCUUCUAUUUUUUUGCCCACGCUCGGAACAGAUGAAUGUGAUCUUUCUUAAUACCCACACUGUAGCAAAUCCGAGACAAACCUGGUGUUGGUGGACUCAUGUUUUGGGACUGCUCCUGGGUACAAAACAACAUUGUCAAAGGUAAAAACUACGGUACACAUGCAUUUGAGCUCCUGCGUGGAAUUGCUAAUCCCCCAACUGAGGCACCCAGCACGCAAGCACCUCCAACGACACCGCAGACAACUACUUGCACAUCAAUGCAGUCAUCAACUUCGACGCAGAAACCAACAACGCUUCAAACUACAAAACCACAGACCCAAAGACCGAUUAUUACUACAAAACCUCCGACUGGUAAGCUACCUAUCACUAACAACGUUUUGUAUCCACUGAAACAAAUGAAAACAUAGGCAUGCUAUGCAUCCAAGAGUUAUUUUUUUGGGGGUGGGUGAAUUACUUGAAACAUUGUAAGUGAUGUCUACAUUUUUACAAAAGUAAAGAAGAGUAUUAACGCGGAAAGGAACGAAAAUGUUGAAUUAACUCACAAAUGGGUAUUUUGUGGUAGAUUUUGUGAGUUGUGCGAAUAACUGUAACCAAAAAUAAACUGUAUUGGUGCCGUGGAUACUUGUUAGUAUACAAAAUGCAGACUGCAGACUGUAGACCGGAUACAAAUUGUAAACCAGGUACAAAAUGUAGACUGCGGACUGCAGAAUGGGUACAAAUGUAGACUGAGAAUCUAAAGAGUUUUUUCGUCUGGUAUGUGAUAACAUGCAUCUUCCAACUUCCCGAGCGUCACGCAAUCGCUUUUCCUUGAUCAGCUUUCACGCUUAUUUGCAUUAUAGUGGAAAUAAUCCUGGCCCAUUUCUUGAUGAAAAUCGAUCGUAAUGUAAUUUCAAGCCUUCAUAUUGCCGUUUCACUUUGCGCGCGAGUUGGUUGGUGUGAUGUCUGUACAAAAGUAGAUGUAUAUGUAGAUGUAAAUGAGAUGUCACUAUUGCAUAUUUAACCUGCGCAACAUUCGAGAAACAGUUGACAGCUUUGCACGUGGUCCGUAUUAUCAUCUUUUUAAGCGAUAUGUGUUUAUUUUGUUGACAAAAAUGCGGACCGAGACCAAAACUGUUCCUUCGAAUUGAUAUAUUUUUGACGUUAUUGUGACGUGAUCGUGCUACAGUGCACAGAACUCCAUUUUCUCUCGAACAACUAUCCACCAUUUUCACAGCAUGAGUAAUACGCUUACUAUAGGUAAUCUGAUAUCUUUCAUCUGUCCAGUGGUAUCGCAUUUCUCAUAAAGCGCGGUAAAACACACGUUAACAACACAAAAAAGCCAACAUUUCUCAUUCUAAAAGAUGACUCCAUUUUACGAACCGCCCUAUCCGAAUCCCCCUUACUUCGAUGAAAUUUGAACACCUGUCAAACCAAAGAACAAAAACGGCGCUCUGAUUGGUGCGAGAUACAUACCCUAAACGAUCUGAUUGGUGCGAGCAACAUAUAUACCACUCUCUAUACGCUAACAUAGAUAUUUUUUUUAAUUAAAAAAAAAAGCUCAAUAACAUAGAUGUUAUUAUUUUUUGUUAAUAACAAAAAAUAGCUCGAUAACAGAUUUUUUUAAUUAAAAAAAAUAACUCAAAAACGUGUAGCAGUAAAAUAAAGAUAAACAAAACUAGUCACCCUAGCAACGAUAUCGCUCUUCCAUGUAGGUCUUCGUUUUAGUUCACUUCUCGGAAAGCAGCGCUUGCUCUCGUAGAGCGAUUACUUACGAGUAAGAUGCUAUAAGCAACCCUUACUCUUGUUGGUAAAUUACAAAAUGAGACUAGGGGUCAGAGCUCACAGGUGUAAUAUAUUAUAACUUCUGUACAGCUUCCUAAGAGAAAAUGUAGGAAAGAGAGAGAGUAUCACCUUCACGGAUGGGUCAAUCUUCAAAUGUCAGUAAGACUUUUUCCAGGAGGUCUGUCGAACAUCAAAGUUUAUUUGAAAUUCAACUUUUCUUGUGCGAUUUAUGGACUGGAAGAAAAACAAUGUUGCUUCAAGGUUGAUUUUUUUGUUUGUGAAAAAAAUUCGGUUAAAACUUUUGCUGUUAGUCGUUUUUUACUUCCGAAAGGGCCCUAAAAACAAGUAGUAUCAACCUCAGCGAAUGCGAAAAGGUGCAUUUUAUGAUCACUCAAGUAUGUCCGCGGGGAUUUAGAGUUGUGGAAACUUUUGACGAAGAUAGUAACUAGGAUCGACCUUUUCUAAUGGUCGGUCAGUUUAUUCUAACUAUUUACUAAAGUGCUUAAUAGGCUGUGAACCAUUUCUUCCUAUAGGUCCUGUAGACUGUUCAGUGGACGGUUAUUUUCCCGACCCAGCAAACUGUUCCGGGUUUAUUGUAUGUUCUGCUGGUGUUGCGUAUCCUAGAAGCUGCCCGCCAGGACUGAAAUACAACAAGAUAAGAAAGUAUUGUGAUUGGCCUCAAAAUGUUCAGUGUUAA